GGCGCUCGGAGCUCGCGGUGCGGGCGGGCGGCGGGCGGAAGUGGCGACGCUGGCGGCCGCGGGGCCUCCGGGGGGCGGGGACGGGCCGGGCGCGGACGGCAGCGGCCCCGGGCGAGGCGUGGAUCCCCGCGCCGCCGGCUGGGGCAUCACCGCGGGCCUCGACCCCGAAAUGGCGCUGCUGGCGGAGCACCUGCUGAAGCCGCUGCCGGCGGACAAGCAGAUCGAGACGGGGCCCUUCCUGGAGGCGGUGUCCCACCUGCCGCCCUUCUUCGACUGCCUCGGGUCACCCGUGUUCACCCCCAUCAAGGCGGACAUCAGCGGCAACAUCACGAAAAUCAAAGCCGUCUAUGACACCGACCCCGCCAAGUUCCGGACCCUGCAGAACAUUCUGGAGGUGGAGAAGGAGAUGUAUGGGGCCGAGUGGCCCCGCGUGGGGGCGACGCUGGCACUGAUGUGGCUGAAAAGGGGGCUGCGUUUUAUCCAGAUCUUCCUGCAGAGCAUCUGCGACGGGGAGCGCGACGAGAACCACCCCAACCACAUCCGCGUGAACGCCACCAAGGCCUAUGAGCUGGCGCUCAAGAAGUACCACGGCUGGAUCGUGCAGAAGAUCUUCCAGGCUGCACUGUACGCCGCCCCCUACAAGUCGGUGUUCCUGAAGGCGCUGUCCAAGGGGCAGGACGUGACGGAGGAGGAGUGCCUGGAGAAGACACGGCUCUUCCUGGUCAACUUCACGGCCACCAUCGACGUCAUCUACGAGAUGUACAGCAAGAUGAACGCCGAGCUCAGCUACACCGUGUAGACGGCGCCCCGGCCCGGCCCGCAUCACUGUGAACCCCCCCAAGCGGCCUCGGCCUCGGCCACCUGGAGCAAUACGCACCCCCACUCCCUCGUCACCCCACACGGUGGGCAUGUUGACGCUUCUAACCAGCCCAUCCUAGGGGCUUCUUUCUUUGAGGGGCUUCUCCCCAAGUGAAACUGGGCUCCCCGGGGGCCACCUACAUAUUAACAGCCGGCCCCUCGCCCCUUGGUGGAGCCCACGGUGUGAAACCUGGGGAGUCCUCAGGACCACUGUGUGUUUGAUCUGCAAUUAGAGACCCCCUGCCCCCCUCUGGAUUCUGUUUCUUUUUUUUGUUUGUUUUUGUUUUUUGUUUGUUUGUUUAACUGGCAUAGGCUGUCCUGGGGUCGCCGGUCAGCCACCCAGCCUACUUCCCCCACUGGCUUCUGCCAACCAGUCUUUUAAUAGUUGAAACCAACCAGCAGCCUUUGAGGACCAUGGGGGCCCAUUUUAAAGCCACCAGGGACAAGGCCCUGGCCAGACAGGCCCGGGUCGGUCCCCCCAGGAUCCUCUGCCUUGCAGGCAGCCCCCUACUACACACACCCAGGACAUUGCCUGCACUGUGUGCUCUUGGGGUGCCUAGCGGAACCACUCCCUCCGGCUGGAGCCCCACUAAACCACUCACUGCCUUAACUGCCCUUUCUGCCACUUAACAGACUUGGACUUGGGAAAAGUGGGGGGGGGGGCAGUGCACAGAGCAAACCCCUCCCACCCCAGCCCCGGCCUCCCAAAGAUCCGAUGUGUGAGGAAAAGCCUGAUGAGAAAUGAUUGGUGAUUUUUAUGCAGACACUAAACCAUCUUUAAUGAAUAAAUCUCUAUUUUGGAUUCACA